AUGCAUCUCGUCGCAGUACGCACAUCGUACGGGUUCGGACCCAGCCCCAGCGCGAGCUGCGCCAGCCUGACGUCGCUCACCACAUCCGCCUCCUCGCACUACUCUCAAUCGCAAUCUCCCUUGCAUACCCGCUCCUUUGUCGUCAAGAAGCCACUGCCGCCCACGCCAACCUCGGCGCCACCGCUCGCCGUGCCCUCCUCGCCUUCGUCAACGUCCCUCGUCUCCGUCUUCCGCACGGCAUCUCUCAACCGCUUCCGGCGGAGCAAGUCCAAGGCGAAGGAGAGGCCCAAGAAAGAACCCGCGACACCCGAAGACACGGUUCGCGUCGACUACCCGUACAUCGGCGCGCACCUCGAUCGCGAGCGCUCGGCCGUGCCGCCCCCGCCCGAGCAUGCAUACACGCACGGGCUCCCAGACCCGCACUUGCCUUUGCCUCCACACAACGUACGGUGGCAAGUGGCACACAGUCCGUCGGAUGUCCGAACCAGGCCUCACCGUUCGCCCACGGACCCCGACGCCGACUCCACGCCCGUCACUCCACCGAGCGAGUUCAGCGCUCGGUUUCAGGCCUGGGGGAAAGCGCGCGCGCACCGUGCUCCAGCGACUCCGGAGCCUCUCAGCCCGCGCCGGGAGAUGCCACGCUCCCCGCUGGCCACGCUUGCCCUCGAGGAGGAGGACCGUGCGUCCCGGGAGAUCUCUCCUGCGCCCGACGCGGAUGCGCCGCGGUCAUCGACAUGCUCGUAUUCGGAGAGUGACGAACAGCAGACACUGCGCGGACGUCGAGCCCCUCCUUGCGCCUUGUUGCCGCGUCCGCCGAGCGACAUGCCUACGUCCUUCCUCGACCUCGACGUGGACGAAGAGGCCUGCGCAUCCACGUUGACGCCACCGCCGACGCCGGGCAGGCUCGAUGAGCUCGUCCCUUCGAAGGACAACGUGCUGGUGUUCACGCUCGACGUGGGCGAGGAGGCGGACGCGCGCAUGGUUCGGCUCGACGGCGACGACGACGUUGACGUAGACCGCGAUGGCUUCGGGCUCGAGGAUGGACUCGAAAUCCUCGAGCGUGCGCGUCUCGAAUGCGUCACCCCGCGGAUGGGCUCGCGCCGGUGCUAGCCUCUCCUCGUCGCGCCGGUGCUAGCCUCUCUUCGUCGCGCCUGUUGCAUAUUCUAUGCUUUCCCUCUUUCCGCUCCUGCGUUCUUCUUUCGCUUCGACCCAAAACCCUAUCAGGUAUACCCUCUACACGCAAUUUACGCAGCUCUCAAGGAGUUCCAC